AUGGUUUACAAUAUUAAAAAUUCACUAUUUUUAACUAUCUUCAUUCUAAGGUUUGCUCUUGCAUCUGAAAAACUUGUCUUAACAGAUUUAACUGGCGUAUACACUAGCUCAUCAAUUUCAUGGAGAGCAAAUGAUGUUUAUUUAUGUGGUGCUGUAGAUUUUACUGAGUUUGCUAAUACUUCUGCACUAGGGUGGUUUGGAUUAGGAAACAAUAGCACUUCAAAGAAUUUUACCAAUCUGCCUCCUCAUUGGAGUAUCACAAUUAGGUUUGAACUCAUUCUUUAUCAAUCUUUAGAUCCAAAUGACUAUAUUUAUGUUACUAUUAAUGGACAAACUGACACAUAUUAAAAAGAUGGACCUUAGCUUGGAUAUUAUUUCUGCGUACCAAAUAAUUAUUGUUAUGAUGAAAUAGUCCUUUUUCAUAAAAAUUUUACUUCCCAUACAGAUUCUUUUAUAAAUAUACUUGUUUGGUCUAUAACAGAUGAGUUAAUAAGCAAUGAAGGUUUUGGACUCAAAAAUCUAUACUUGUCAGUAGAUACUUGUCAUGAUUCAUGCUUAACUUGCAAUGGACCGGCAGCUAACUAGUGUACAUCUUGUCCACCUAAUUCCACCAAAAAUGGAAAUACUUGUAAAUGUAAUAGUGGUCUUUAUGCUUAAUAUAACUAAUGUGUAAAUGUUUGUCCAGCUGGAUACAUUUAAGAUUCAACCGGAACACUUUGUGUAGUUAAUUUUUGUUAUAGCGCUUAAUGCUAAACUUGCUCAAAUGGUAUGUGUACUCUUUGCUAAUCUGGGUAUUACCUCCUCAAUGGAUAGUGUGUUUAAAGUUGCCCAUCCUAUACGAAUGUUAGUGGAUAAUAAUAUGGAUAAUAUUUGUAUUAGGGUAUGUUCAAUACAUACUUUGGGGAAGGUGAAAUAUCAGGAACUGGAUUAUCAUAUUCAGGAUUUCAGGGCUAUAAUACAAAUCCAAGUAGAGCUAUGACAACUGUUUGUGGUGGAAAGAGCCUUUUAGGCGGAGCUUAUUUAAGCUCAGUAAAUUCUUACAUAAGUAAAAACUUUUCUGGGCUCUCCCCUCAUUGGACAGUAUUAGUAGGUUACACAUUGUAUAAAAUUGAUUAUUGGAACAACGAAUCAAUUUAAAUGAUAGUAGAUAAUAAUGUGAAAGUUACUACAACAAAGAACGCAAAUGAUGGAACUAGUAAUAUAUGUGGAAGAGUUUCAUUCAAGGAUUAAAUUAUAUAUGUUACAUAAAACUUUACCCAUACAGCUACCUCUCUAAAUUUAAAAAUUAGUUCUACACUUGCUUCAACCCCUUUUGUAGAAUCAUAUGGUAUUAGAGAAAUGUUUAUAUUAGUUGAUUAUUGUACUUCUAAUUGCGCAAUUUGUAAUGCUUAAGGUUGUACUAAAUGCUAAACAAACUUUUAUCUAUACAAUUUCUAAUGCGUAAGCUAAUGCCCUAGUAACUAUGCUCUUGACACCAGUUAAUCUUGUUAGCCUUGUGAUGUGACAUGCCUGACAUGCUCAAUUCCAUAGAACUCUACUUCUUGUGAAACCUGUAAACCAAAUACAUAUUUGAACCCAAAUUAUUCAUGCUAAAGCACAUGCCCGGAUUAAUACUGGCUCAAUACAGCUAAUUUGACUUGCUAGACAUGUGAUACCACUUGCUAUAAUUGUAAAAGUCCAGGAGAUAAAAAUUCUUGUACAAGCUGUAGUGGAAAUUUAUAUUUAAGUAGUAAUUAAUGUAUUUCUACUUGUCCCCCUGGAACAUUCCCUUUAAAAUAAACCAAUAGUAAUAUUUGCGCACAAUGUGAUCCAUCUUGCAAAACAUGUAAUGGAUAAAAUAGCAAUAACUGUUAAAGUUGUUAAGCUCCUAAUUUAUUUUAUCAAGAAAGCUCCUCAACUUGUGUAUCUAUCUGUAAUACUGAUUAGUAUUAAAAUACAUCUACUUAGAUUUGCUCUUCAUGUAAUUCUGAAUGUGCUACUUGCUCAGGACCCAACAAUAAUAAUUGUUUAUCGUGUAUAGGAAAUGUAUAUUUGAGUAAUAAUUAGUGCAUUUCUACUUGUCCCCCUGGAACAUUCCCUUUAUAAUAAACCAAUAAUAAUAUUUGCCAACAAUGUGAUCCAUCUUGCAAAACAUGUAAUGGAUAAAAUAGCAAUAACUGUUAAAGUUGUUAAGCUCCUAAUUUAUUUUAUCAAGAAAGCUCCUCAACUUGUGUAUCUAUCUGUAAUACUGAUUAGUAUUAAAAUACAUCUACUUAGAUUUGCUCUUCAUGUAAUUCUGAAUGUGCUACUUGCUCAGGACCCAAUAAUAAUAAUUGUUUAUCAUGUUCAGGAAAUGUAUUUUUGUAUUAAAAUUAAUGUAUUCCUAAUUGUCCUAAUGGCUAUUUCAACAAUAUUAACAAUAAUACUUGUACUCCUUGUGAUAGUUCUUGCUUCACUUGUAAUGGGAGUGCUCUAAAUAAUUGUCUCUCUUGUUAGCUUUAAAGAUACUUUAAUCCUAUCUCAAAUGAAUGUGUUUACACUUGUAAUUCAAACUAAUAUCCUGACCCAAAUUCUGUACAGUGUAAACCUUGUGAUUAAAAAUGCAUGACAUGUAAUGGACCUUCAGCAACAUAAUGUACAAGUUGCGUGAAUGGUCUUUUCUUAGAGAAUAAUUAAUGUGUUUAACAAUGCAGCUAAUCUUAUUUUGUCUAGCAAAAUACUAAUAUUUGUUAGUAGUGCGAUUCCUCAUGCUUGAUAUGUAGCGGGCCUUCUUCUUAAGAAUGUAUUUCAUGCGCGCUAAAUUUAAUACUCUUGAACUCUUAAUGCUAUUCUGAAUGUCCAUCUAAUUAUUAUAUUUCGUAAGAAUCAGAAACUAAAGAAUGCAAACUGUGUAAUUACUAAUGUAAAUUGGGAUGUAUUGGUCCACUUGCUGAAGAUUGCGAUUCUAUUAAAUACUAAUAUUAAAUUAUAUUUUACAUCUUGAUAGGAAAAUUUUUCCUUUGGUUUACUUCUUCUAUUUUAGGGUAUAUAAUGGAUAAAAAGUAGUCUAGAGUAUAAGUGGAAAAAUUAAGGCAUAAAGUUUCAGAAGAUAUUGAUAAAUUAGACAUUUAGUAAAAUUCACCAUAAAUAGAGGAAUAUUAUGGCAGAUCAUAAAAGAAUGGAGAGAAAUCUUCUAUUAAAUUUAAGUCAGAAUCUGCCUCCUAAUAAAAUUAACAAGAUCUAAUUUAUUUAUAAUAACAAGCUCUUUAAUUUUAAAUGAAACUUGAUUUAGAUAAAAUGAAAAGAGUAGGAAAUAGGAGACCAAGAUAAAAAUUUUACAAAAAUGCUUUUUAUGAUAGAUCCAUGUAGACAUUUGAGUUUUAAUUGCCUUCGAUUGCUUUUAACAUGAAUAAUUGUACCCACACAAGGAAUCCCUAUGAACUAGGAGGAACUAUAACUACUCUACCAAAUAUGUCAUAAGUGUAAACUUAAAUAUAGGGAAUUUAAGAAGUAAAAAUAGCAAGACCUUAUAUUUAUAAAUAUAAAAUGAAUGAAAUAUUUAGGAAAUGA